AGGCGGGAGAGGCCGGUUGGGAAGGAAGGCGGGCCGGGCUGCAGCUGGGGUCGGUCAAGUGUUGGGUGAGAUAGACCUUACUCCUGGUGCUUUUCUCUACCCUCGGUGAACGGAUGGAGUUAAAACGUGGGGGUCAGGAUGUUGAUCACUGCCUGGGCCUCUUCGUUUCAGAUGGUUAUGGAGAAUGAUCCUACUUCCUGGAUCGAAAAAUCUUUUCUUACUCAGUUGUUUGGGUUUUAAGAGGAUCUUAGGGGGCACUCCUUACUUGUUGCCUCCUGUGAAAGCUCUUCAUUUUAGAACAACUCUUUAUUCGUUCUCCUUCCCUCUUUGCAGCCCUCUCGGAAAAUUACAGUAAAUAAGAGUAACAUUAAAAAUCUGCGUUUAAGGUAUUUGUAAGUGACUUGUUGCCCCUGAGUUUGUCGUAUGUAAUUAAGAAGUUGUGCUUAAGAUUUUGUAGAAAAUUCGAUUUGGCUUGAGAGCAUUUCUUAAGUUGAGCUGUCCAAAAGCAGGUGGCUUGUUCGUUUGCAUUUCUGCUUUCAGAAAGGAAAUUAAUGCAGUGAGUUGUUGGAAGUUAGGGGCCUACCCCUCGCAUUUAGACUGUUGAUUCGAUUUCCUUUACGGGGUGUUCAGUUUUCUGUUUUAAAAAUAAGAACAAGCGACAGCAGUCUUUACUUAUCAAAGCUUUUAUGGUUUUAUUUACUACUUUAGAUGACAACGGAAAAUAGGUUAAAUCUAUGGUGUAAUGUUAUAUUUUAGGAGAAGUCCUAGGUGGAAAAGUUAAAAAUAAUAUUCAUCUCAUGACAUUGUACAGAGCACUGCCUGAAAGUGGUAUCAGAAUAGCUAUUAUCUUGUAAUUAUCAAAGAAAUUUCUGGAAUUAGUGGCAUUAAAACAAUUGAGGUUACCCGCAAAAUCAGUGUUAGCAUGCGUGGCAGACAUUGUGUAGAAGAGUUCAGAAGCCUGAGAGGACUGAAGUAUUCUAACAUAAGAUAUGGCUCGUGGACAGCAGAAGAUUCAGUCGCAGCAGAAAAAUGCCAAAAAGCAAGCUGGACAAAAGAAGAAACAAGGACAUGACCAAAAGGCUGCUGCCAAAGCUGCCUUAAUAUAUACCUGCACUGUCUGUAGGACACAAAUGCCAGACCCUAAGACCUUCAAGCAGCACUUUGAAAGCAAGCAUCCUAAGACUCCACUUCCUCCAGAAUUGGCUGAUGUUCAGGCAUAAAGUUGUUUACAGGUGAAUUCACGACACCUUUGGCUCUUCUACUGUCUCAGACCUUAGGUAACAAACCUGCAGCUGCUUUUCUAACAAACUGUUGAUCAGCAAAAAUAAAGGGGCUACAGAAACACUCAUUUUUAUGCUGUUCCCUUUUGGGCUUCAUGCAAAGACAAUUCUGUGUAAAUGUACAGUUGACUCUGAUUUGGAAAUCUGAAAAUCAGUCCAUCCUUGUUAUAAAAAAUUUUUUUACAAUUGUAAUUAUAUUGAUGUUCAUAUUGUGUAAAAUAACUCAUUUAAUAAAGUAGUACUUUGAUUUUACAACAUCACAGGAUAAAUGGUUCUAGAAAUUCUGUUCUAACCUUCCACAUUAUUUGCCUUACAAAAAUCUAAUGAAUUCGUCAGCUAGAAUUGCAAGCGCAGUUCCUAUCUCCCUUUCUCAGCUCAGUGGCAGGUUCGCUAGUUACAUUGGAGCAGACUCAUUCAUAGUUUUAUUGGCAGCUGCUGGUCUAGGUGAAGAAUGACUUACCUGCUGCCUUAGUAUAUUACCACCACGUGUCAUUUCCCCCUCUGAUCAUUUCCUGUGUUUGAGGUUGAAAUAUUUUAGCCUGCUGUGUGACCUGGCCGUAGCUGCCAGCCAGGUAUACCCUCUAGAUAACUGACAAAUUCUUAAUGUGGUUGGAUUUUCAGUGAGCCCUUCUGAAAGAAUAGGUUCUGAAGUAUAUGCCGUAACGAAAUAAUCCAGCUUUCGUUUAAUACAAAACCUGAUGGAUCACAUGUGAACUGGUAAAGAUCUAUCUUAUAUAAAUUACACCUAUGGAUUCUUUCACAAUUCUUCAGGUUCAUUAAUUUGAGAUUAAAACUCCAAAUUUGAUGGAAUUUAUUAAUAAUUUGGCCAAUUUUAUGAGUGGUUUCCCUUAAUAGGAAGAUUGGAAUGACUUGCUGCUGGGUUAAUUCCCAGAACCUUCUCCCUCCUUUCGUUUGUAAGUGAAUGGUUGGUUUUAGAAGUUUACUUUGUACUGGUUCCUGAAAUCAAAGACUGUACAGUAUGAUUUGUCUGAACUAGAAAAGUAUUAAAAUAGGCCAAUGUCCACAUUCUUUUGGCUCUAAGGAUGGGGAAGUGGGUUGGUUCCGAUGGAUGAGGUAUAUCCCAUCCAGUUAAGGAAGACUAAUUUUAGGGUCCUUCUAAUUUGCUUUUGUCAGCUAUUAGCUUUACUGGUGAAACUGCUUUAACUCAGUUUAAAAUUUGAAGUUAAUAUAAUAGGAAGAACACUCAACUAUUUACUGGUAAUUGCUUAGAGCCACGAAUCUGAUCCUGUGGGUCACAAAGCACGUUCCCUCUUUCUGCUGUAAUUCAUCACUGCAUUUGUUUCAUAGCUGUGCGUAUUCUGCCCACCUUGUUUGACUUCACUGUAAGUUUAAAAUAAGAUAUUUACGAGGAAAAGCUUCAGUGGUGAUAGUUUCUUAGCAACUUCUGUUACGUUCUUACUUUAAAAUAGUCUUUUUUUUCCGUGUAAUUUCCUAAGUUCAGAUUUAAUAUCUGUUAUUUCCUAAUAUGUUGGUUACCAGAACAUUAGAAUUUGCCUGAUUGCUUGUGGUGGGUAUUAACAGAAGUUCUGGUUAAAUUACAAUUUAAAGGUUUUUAAAAGUGCUUUGACCAUAUGUAUGUUUAUAUUUAGUAACAAAUCAUUUAAAAACCAUUCACAAGUUUUGGUUUUUUUUUUUUUUUUUUUUUCAUUUGUUUUACUGGCUGUAAUUCAGAAUAAAAGCUUUUUGUUCUUGUAUUUAACCCUUUUUUAUAAGCAGCUGAAGACACCAUAUUUAACUUUAUAUCUCAGUGAUAGGAAAAUAGCUGCAUUGGUCUUGCAUAAGACAUUGAUUCUCAUACUUCAUGUAAGGAUUAUUAGUUACAAUCCCUUCUUUAUUAUGUUUGAGUUAAAUUUGCUCUAAGGGGAAAAUUAAAAUUCUUAAGCAUCCUCAUUAUUUAAUUUGAAGAUUCUUUAACAGACCACAGCAAAGUUCAUUAUAAAACUUAUGGUGUCUUCAAAGACUUUAUAAAAUCUGAGACACUGAGAGAGAAUUGGUCCGUUUGUAUUCUGUAUUUCCACUAAUUGCCAAAAGGAAUGGGGUUAAGGUUAAAUUUGUUUCAUUCUACUUCAUAUGGAUCUACAUCCCCAUGUUUAACUGACACACUGGGGGCUCAGUUGUGUGCUGUAAUGUCUUAUUAAAGAAGAUAUUAAAGAAAA